GCCGGCGGUUGCCGUGGUAACGCGGGGCCCGGCGGCCAUGGAGGGCAGCGGGCGGCCCUCGGCCGCGCAGGCCGCGCUGCUGGCCGCCAGUACCGCCAUCACCGCCCUGUUCUACUCCGUGUACCGGCAGAAGGCCCGCGUGGCCCGCGGGCUCGAGGGCGCCAGGAGGGUCCAGCUGGACGAAGAUCUGCGGUCGGUGCUGCUGGAGGCUCCCGGGCGCUGCGUGCCCUAUGCGGUCAUAGAAGGUGUGGUGAGGUCGGUGAAGGAGACCCUGAGCAGCCAGUUCGUGGAGAACUGCAAGGGGGUGGUUCAGAGGCUGACACUGCAGGAGCACAAGAUGGUCUGGAACAGAACCACCCACCUCUGGAACGACUACGAGAAGAUCAUCCACCAGAGAACCAACACCACGCCCUUCGAGCUGGUGCCCGCCGAGGGUGGCGCCGGCGUGGCCGUGCGGGUGGUGAAGCCCCUGGAGGCGGCCGAGCUCAGCCUGGAGACGGUGUAUGAGAAAUUCCACCCCUCUGUGCAGUCCUUCACCGACGUCAUCGGCCACUACAUCAGCGGGGAGCGCCCCAAGGGCAUCCAGGAGACGGAGCAGAUGCUGAAGGUGGGCACAGCGCUGACCGGCGUGGGAGAGCUGGUGCUGGACAACGCCACCAUCAAGCUGCAGCCCCCCAAGCAGGGCAUGCCCUACUACCUGAGCGCCGUGGAUUUCGAGUCCCUGCUGCAGAAACAGGAGUCCAGCGCCCGCUUCUGGAAGGUCCUGACCGUGGUUUUUGGCGUCGCCACCUGCGCCGUCCUCUUCUUCCUCCUGCGCAAGCAGUACCGGCACCACCGGGAGAGGCGGCAGCUCAGGCAGAUGCAGGAGGAAUUCCGGCAGGCCCAGGAGCGCCUGAUGAACGCCGAGGGCGGGGACACCCUCAAAAACGCCUGCGUGGUCUGCCUGAGCAGCACCAAAUCCUGCGUCUUCCUGGAGUGCGGCCACGUCUGCUCCUGCCACGAGUGCUACCAGGCUCUCCCCGAGCCCAAGAAGUGCCCCAUCUGCAGGCAGGGCAUUGCCAGGGUGGUGCCUUUGUACAACAGUUAAUCCGUUUGUGGUUCUUGGGAGGGAGGGGGGGGAAGUUUCUCGGCACUCAGAGCUGUCUCUCUCGCAAAGGGGUUCUUGUCGCCUCGCUGCUUUGGGCGGUGGAUUUCGGGGAAGGGGAGGGAGCUUGAGGGAGCGGGUGCUUUGACAGAGCUGGGUCUGAAAAGGUGCUUGUGCAGCUGAUCACACGUGCAUCAUGUUGCGCUCUGGAGGCUUUUCGGGAGAGGUGGCUCCUUGCAAAGGGUGAGGUGCUCAGGGGGAGACGCAGCUUGAAGCUCUUCUGUUAAAAGAUUUGGACUCUCAGGGUUUGUGUCGUGGUUGCUGAGCCUGUGGUCUCUUGCCUGGCUGAUAAAAACGUGGGGAAAACAAAAAUAAGAUGGUUUAAGGGUUCUCAGAGGCUGCAGAAUCCCUGUGGUGCUGCCACACGGCUCCAGUGGAGCAGGGGGGGGGCUGUUGGAGAACUCAUGUGGGGGGUGUGUGAAUUCUGUGAUCCCCCUCCAAAAAAAGGGUUUGUGACACCAGGACAUGAGGAUGGAGAGGUGAGAACACCGUGGCUGAUGGCUGUGCUUGGCUUGAGCUGGGAUAGAAAACAGGAUGAAAAGCAAUAAAAUAGGAUGGAAAGUG